AAGAUUUCUUGAAACCAGAAGUAAAUAUCUUGUGAAUUCCAUUCCGAUUUUGAGAGCAGAUUGAGAAACAAGCCUUGCAUCAUCAACAAUGGGAAACAUUGUAAAGCCUUUCAAACAACAACCUUCUUCAUUUGCUUACCAGCCUCUCACCGUCCCUCUAAUUUCAGACGUGGAGGUACAAAACGAGAAUCUGAGAGUCUUCAGCUUCACGGAAUGGAUGAAAGCAACCAAGAUAAACGGACAAGACAGGGUUGUAAUUCGCGAUGAUCGCUAUAUUCGAUUUCGAACAUUCUACAAGUGCUACAUCGAUAACACCACAUUUGCACUAUCAAGAACUAAAACCGGUACCCCUGUUUCUGUUGUCGAAUAUCUUCAUAUAAGUUCACAGGCUCAACAAGAGUGGGUGUUUCAUGUUUCUCUCUCAACAGAAGAAGAGGCAUUGCCAUGGGAUAUACGGGUUAAGAUAGCCAUUGGAACAGCUCAAGGUCUUGCAUUUCUACACUCGAUCAAGAAUACCCCGUUACAUCAAGAACUCAGAAUGCAUAAUAUUAUGUUUGACGAGGUGCAAUACAAUGCGAAAUUGUUUUAUCUUGAAUCAAAAAGUCAACGUUUGGAAGAUGAGACAUUUGUGGGACGAACUGAAUACAUACCUCCUGAAUUGUUUAUGACAGGUAUUUUAGGAAUGGAUACCGAUGUUUACACAUUUGGUGUGAUCUUGCUUGAGCUUUUGGCUGGUUCACAAGAUAUAUCAACAACUUUGAAGAAUCAAAGCUUAGAUUGGACUGGAUCUUUCUUGCCCGAUAACUAUAAGAUUGGGGAAAUAAUCGAUUCCUGAAUAGGAAGCGAUUAUCCUGUGGAUGCAGCAACAAAGAUGGUCACAGUCAUCCAAACAUGCACCAAGCUGGACAAGAAGAAAAGACCAUUGAUGCAACAAGUUUUGGAUGCUCUGAAUUAUAUUGCAGAGGUUAAGUCCUAAUGUGAGAUGUCCUUAUAUUUGUAAUGAUUGAAAGAGUCAGUCUAGACUAAAGCUGAAAGAGUUGG